AUGUCCACAAUCCUAUAUGGUUGGGGAUCGAGCGAUGAUGGCCAGCUAGGUCCAGUUUCCGGUGUCGAACCUUGCGCGCAGGUCAACCGACCCACUGUCGUCAACUGGCCUCCGAUGGGUGUUAGCAAACACCUAGUAAAAUUGGCCUGCGGCUACCAGCACACCCUCGCUUUGGAUUCGGAAGGUCUCGUGUACAGCUCGGGCUCAAAUGAAUUUGGUCAACUAGGACACUGUCGUAGGCCUAAUGCAUUCGAUAAAGUGUCAGGCAUUAAGGAGCAGAUCAGAGAUAUCGCCGCAGGACCCUAUCACAGCGCCGCCAUAACGACUGCCGGUCGCGUCUACAUGUGGGGCUGCAACACAAACCAUCAAUUGGGUCGGGAGGACUUUGACGACACUGGCGUGCGACCGCUUGAUUUCAACUACGGUCCCAUCGUCCAGAUAAGUCUGGGACUAGAGCACACAAUAGCACUAACAGAGGCCUCGGAGAUAUAUACCUGGGGCUCGAACAACCAGGGACAGUUGGGUCUGGGUUACUGUUCAUCCAGACCAAUGGUGACCCCACAGCUGGUCGAGUGUCUCUCAGCCCUGCCCGUGCGUCAGGUAGCGGCUGGAGCCAACCACAACCUCCUCGUCACCCCCAGUGGCUCUGUCUACGCCUGGGGCUCGAACUCACGCGGCCAGUUGGGCCUGGACGAGCCAGAGAUCAAGGCGCAAGACUCGCGCAAACACUCUCGCACGGAGGUCAGCGCUAAUGAGACAGUAAGCAGACCAGGUGUCGUCAGCGUGCCCACCCCGCGGCUUCUUAAGAGCAUGAAACGCCGUGGUGUCACCUUUGUCGCCUGUGGCGAGACACACUCUGCCCUCCUCACCAAAGAUGGCGCUGUCUUUACUUUUGGCGAUGGAAGAUUUGGUCAGUUGGGCCACGGCUCCUCAGCAGUGACGACGAGUCAACCUCAGCAGGUGUUUGAGUUGAUGGGCGACACGUGUACUCAAGUGUGGUGCGGUCGGCGCCAUACCCUGGUCCUCGUGACCAACCCCUCAAAAUCACCCCCUCAGCCCCGCCUUCUCGUUUUUGGCUGUGGUGUCGAUGGCCAACUCGGUCUACUCAACCGCGAGCGCACCUUUGUGCCCAUCGUCGUCAAGGGCCCCUGGCUUUCGCAUGAAUCCUCCCCCUCUUCCUCUGGCAACUCGGAUGAUCUCGCGAUCAUCGGUGUGUACACUGGUGGAAAUCACUGCUUUGCAGUCACACAUCACUCUGGGCUUGCCUGUCCGACCCCGAUAGACUUUCGAAAGUGGCGGUCUUGCCUCCUGAGCAACAUUGGUACUUUUAGCGAACCCCUGAUGAGGCGCUACGUAGAGGGCCUUGCAGAGCACCCUUAUCUGAUGCGCCGCCGGUCUAGCCGCAAGUUCUCCAGUACGGACGCUACUGCGGCGGACAUUAGCGACGCCACCUACAGUCUUGAGGCCUACUCCAUGCACACCGCGCUCCGCCGACUUGAGUCUGCUUUCGGCUCCAUCGGCUGUCUCGCCUCCAGCCUCCUUGUCGACAACCCGAAUCGAAGCCACUACAACAUAGGACGGGCAGACCACGGGAUGGACUUGGACGCCGCACACGAAUUGCAGGAGGAACUCUUCCUGGCAGCACCACCGAACGCUGCUCGUCGUCUUAUUCGACCCCUGGUGGAGGUGAUUUCGCGCCCGCGUCGUAACUUUCCCGACCUUGAGUGUCUGCGUGCCUUUGUCUUUCUCGCCGUCUCUCCGCUACUCGAGACGCCGCGGACAGACGCGGUGAUAGUGACAGUGGACACCUCCGUUCCCCCACCGCCUGUCACCUUCCAGAACGACGAGCCCUUUAAUUGGUAUCCCACCGUAUUGGCUGGUUAUGCUGCAGGCUUCGUUCUGGCCAGCUUCUGUCGCGCUGUUUGUCGGCUGGAAGGUGUGCCGUCCUCCGUGCUAGAUUCCUGGUUCAAAGGCUUCCAGCCACGGUUUUUCCGUCGCUUAGUCGCUAACCUAAACAAUUUUGUUGCCUAUCUCUGCUCCUCGAAGCAAGAUGCAGGUGAAACCGCGUGCUUCAAUUUGAUAAGUGGCAUUCACGCAACCCUUGAGCUCAUGAAACGUCUUCGAGAAAUAAAUGAAAAGAGAGUCCAGCCGAUAAGUUACACGUCUUUCUACGUUCCCGAACUGACAGACAGAUUUGACGUGAAAAAGUUCGCCAAUUGGCUAGUUCAGCGCCACUCUCGUGAAAAGGCUAUCAACUCCUACUCUGGGCAGUCGCCUCCCCCGCGGGCCACACCCCAGGGCUUGAGAGGUCUUUCGGUAAUUUUUUGCGAUCCUAAUACCUCCCAAUCUUGUCGUUUUCCCUACGCAGCCUUAUCUCACAAGUAUAACACUAGGUUUAACCUCGACAUCUCUUCUGUCCCAAGCCCUUCCCUUCCCCAUCCUUCCAGUAGAGCGAACGCGCUGCUCGAGGCACAACGCAGAUUUCGAUUCUGGCGUUCGAAGUCAGUGCCCCCCAAGCCACUGCAAAAUCAGGACUUCUCCAUCUUCGACUACCCCUUUGUCUUCGACGUGGCGUGCAAGGCGAAAAUGCUGGAGACGGAGGCUAAGUUGAGUCAAGACUUGGCUAUGGAGAAGGCCUCUUCUGUUAUCCUCGGCCCCCAUCUAUCCCGAAUCCUCGGCCCCCUUGUACAGAGCUAUGUCAUCUUUGAGGUCUCUCGCUCCCGUCUCAUUUCCGAUACUCUCGACCACCUGGCUAUGCACUCACCUGCUGAUCUAAAACGGCCACUCAAGGUGCGUUUCACAGGCGAAGAAGCAAUUGAUGAUGGUGGAGUGCUGAAGGAGUUCUUUAUUUUGAUCAUGCGUGAGCUCCUGAACCCGGUGUAUGGCAUGUUCAAGGAGUAUCCCGAGUCGCGCAUGCUAUGGUUUAACGAAAACAACAUGGAGUCGCCAUCAAUGUUCAACAUGGUCGGUGCACUAUGUGGCCUAGCCAUCUACAACUCUAUCAUCAUAGACCUCUGCUUUCCCACGGCAUUGUUCAAAAAGCUCCUGGGUGAGGAGCCCACUUUGGAGGACCUUAAGGAAUUAGAUCCUGUGGUGGCGAAGUCCUUGCAAAUGCUACUGGACUACGAAGAGGCCGAUUUGGAGGAUGCCUUUUGCCUUACAUUUGAGAUAGCAGUGGAUAACUAUGGCGCAAUCGAACGCAUUCCUCUCAUUCCCUCGGGUGGCGAAGUGGUGGUAACUCAGGAAAACAAGCAACAGUAUGUGGAGAUGUACCUCAAUUUCAGGUUCAACAAGAGCUGCCAAUCCGUUUUCGAAGCCUUCAAGUCCGGCUUCUUCAAUGUCUGCUCGGGCUAUGUAAUAAAAAUGUUCCAACCUAGUGAAUUACACAGUAUGGUGGUGGGUUCGGACGACAUAGAUUGGCAGGAUCUGCGAAAAAACACCAACUAUCAGGGCGAGUACUGGGAUCAGCACCCAGUCAUCAAGUGGUUCUGGGAGGUGCUCUUGAACCAAUGCAACCUGAAGCAGAAGAAGAAUUUCCUGCGGUUCCUCACCGGUUGUGAUCGCGUGCCAAUCGAAGGCCUUCCUGGAAUCAAGAUCACAAUCCAGCCAAACAGCAGUGGAGAUGACUUUUUGCCCGUAGCUCAUACUUGCUACAAUAUUCUUGACCUGCCCAAGUACAGUAGUAUGGAGAUUUUGAGGACGAAAUUUAUGCAAGCCAUCGAGAACACAGAGGGCUUUGGACUUGUUUGA